AAAGGAGAAGUGUAAAGAAAACCCAAAUUUCUAAAUAUUUGUGGGAAAGAAGGAAGAAAGGAGGAAGACGAUGAUGCUCAGAAUCCGAAGCAGAGAUGGACUGGAGCGAGUGACAGCCGAGGGAGCUCAUAUAACUGUUUCCCAGCUCAAAACCUUAAUCGAGGAUCAGCUUCAGAUCCCUCUCCAUAAGCAGACCUUAUCCACCAAUCGUGAUCUCCUCCUCGCCAAAACUCCCGCUGAUCUACUCGCCUUCACCGACCUCACCGACCCAAACCUCCCCCUCUCCUCUCUCACUCUCGGCCAUGGCUCUAUGCUCUUCCUCGCCUACGAUGGGGAGCGCUCCAUUCCUGGAGCUCCUCCCGUCACUCCUGCCGGAUCCUUCGGCAGGAAGAUGACCGUCGAUGACUUGAUCGCCCGCCAGAUGCGCGUUACUCGUCAGGAGACGUCUCACUGCGACUCCGUCUCCUUCGAUCGCGAUUGCGCCAACGCCUUCCAGCACUACGUCAAUGAUUCUCUAGCUUUUGCCGUCAAGCGCGGCGGCUUUAUGUACGGCACCGUCACGGAGGAAGGACAGGUGGAAGUUGAUUUCAUCUACGAGCCGCCGCAGCAAGGCACGGAGGCUAAUCUUAUUCUGAUGAGAGAUGCCGAUGAAGAGAAGCGCGUGGACGCAAUCGCCAUGGGCCUGGGGAUGAGGAAGGUCGGUUUCAUUUUUAACCAGACCGUGAUGCAGGACAAGACUGAAUACACCCUGUCCAACGCCGAGGUGCUACAGGCGGUGGAGCUUCAUGCCGAGAGCGAGCUGCAGGAGUGGGUCACCGCUGUGGUGAAGCUUGAGGUGAAUGAGGAUGGUGGCGCCGAUGUCCAUUUCGAGGCGUUUCAGAUGAGUGAUAUGUGCAUCAGGCUUUUCAAGGAAGACUGGUUCGAGACGGAGAUUAUGCCGGACGAUGAUCCAAAGCUCUCUAAGAUGAAGAAGGAGGUGGUUGUUGGUGUCAAGGAUCUUAAGGAGGUGGAUAACGAUUUCUUCCUCGUUCUCGUCAGGAUCUUGGAUCACCAGGGACCUCUGUCAUCAGCAUUCCCAAUAGAGAACCGGAGCAGUCGAGCAACGAUGCGGGAUCUGAAAACACAUCUGGACCGGGCAAAGAGCUUGCCGUUGGUGAAGAAGAUGUCAGAUUUUCAUCUGAUUCUCUUUGUGGCUCAGUUUCUGGACGUGUCAUCGGACGUCCCUGCCUUAGCUGAGUGUAAAAGGAGUAGAGAUCGGGAUCAGGAUGAAGACAGCGGCGAGGCUGGCAAGGCCGACGGCAGCGGAGGAGAGAAUCAGGAGCGCAGCAGCGACCAGAAAGAGCUCGAUGCUUCUCCUGACGACGAUUUCCAGGAAACCCGUCCCAAGCCCAAGCGUAGUCGCACCCAUCCUCCUCCUCAACAGAAUCUCAUUGAGGUUGUCAAAGGCAACGGGGAUCUUAUUUCUAAAGCCGUCAAGAUUUGGGUUGAAAGAUAUGAACACUCUCCCAGACUUGCCACCACUGAGCUCUUGUCAAUGCUCUUUGAGGCUUGCGGUGCUAAAUACUCCAUCAAGGAAGAUCUGCUUGAUGAGACUGAUGUCGAUGAUGUUGUCGUUGCCCUUGUUCAUCUUGCUAGAACCGGGGAAGUUGAAGAUUAUCAGAGUUCGAGAAAGAAGGAACUCAAGAACUUCAAAGAAAAUCUUGUUUCAUUCUGGAAUGAUCUGAUUAUCGAGUGCCAAAAUGGACCAUUGUUUGAUAAAGUCUUGUUCGACAAGUGCAUGGACUACAUUAUCGCACUCUCAUGUACUCCACCUAGAGUUUACCGUCAAACUGCCACGCUAAUGGGCCUCCAACUAGUCACAUCUUUCAUUUCUGUUGCAAACACACUCGGUUCACAGCGAGAAACCACGCAAAGACAAUUGAAUGCUGAAAGCAAGAAGAGAGCUGACGGCCCUCGUGUGGAGUCCCUCAACAAAAGGUUGUCUGUUACUCAUGAACAGAUAACUACACUGGAGGACAUGAUGCGCAAAAUUUUCACUGGGUUGUUUGUACACCGAUAUCGAGAUAUUGAUAAUGAUAUUCGGAUGUCAUGCAUUCAGUCUCUGGGCAUUUGGAUUUUGUCUUAUCCUUCUCUCUUCUUACAAGAUCUGUACUUAAAAUAUCUUGGAUGGACGCUUAAUGACAAAAAUGCUGGAGUGAGGAAAGCUUCUCUAUUGGCAUUGCGAAAACUUUAUGAAACGGAUGAAAACGUCCCCACGCUUGGUCUAUUCACUGAGAGAUUUUCCAAUCGAAUGAUCGAGAUGGCUGAUGAUGUUGAUAUGUCUGCAGCUGUAUGUGCUAUAGGGCUUGUAAAGCAACUGCUAAGACACCAGCUGAUACCUGAUGAUGACCUAGGCCCUUUGUACGAUUUGCUUAUUGAUCAACCUCAAGAAAUCAGACGUGCGAUAGGAGAGUUAGUGUAUGACCACUUGAUCGCACAGAAGUUUAACAGUUCUCCGUCCAGUCUUACAGGUCAUGAUGAUUCUUCCUCCGAGAUCCAUAUCUUCAGAAUGUUACAAAUAUUACGGGAGUUUUCCACAGAUCCGAUUCUAAGUGUUUAUGUAAUAGAUGAUGUUUGGGAGUACAUGAAGGCCAUGAAGGACUGGAAAUGUAUCAUCUCUAUGCUUUUGGAUCAGAAUCCUCGAACUGGGUCUACUACUGACGAGGACUCGACAAACUUGAUCAGACUUCUGUUUGCGUCAAUCAGAAAGGCUGUCGGGGAGAAGAUAAUUCCUUCAACGGAUAAUCGAAAGCAGUAUCACAGUAAAGCUCAGCGUGAAAUGUUUGAAAACAACAGGAAAGACAUAACGGUGGCCAUGAUGAAGAAUUAUCCACAGCUUCUACGUAAAUUCAUGGCUGACAAAGCAAAAGUGUCGUCUUUGGUUGAGAUUAUUAUGUUUAUGAAACUUGAGCUCUAUUCUCUUAAAAGACAGGAGCAGAGUUUUAAGGCUGCCGUCCGACUCAUAAAGGAUGCUUUUUUCAAACACGGGGAGAAGGAAGCACUAAGAUCUUGCGUCAAGGCUAUAACAUUUUGUGCAUCAGAGAGUAAAGGGGAGCUUCAAGAUUUUUCCCGUGGGAAGCUUAAAGAUCUUGAAGAUGAGCUUUUAGAUAAGCUCACUUCUGCAAUUAGAGAAGUCAAGGAUGGAAAUGAUGAAUACUCCCUCCUUGUAAAUCUGAAAAGGUUGUAUGAGCUUCAAUUGUCAAAGCCUGUGCUUGUUGAGAGCAUGUUCGAUGAGAUUGCUUUGACGCUCCAUAAUUUCAGAAAUUUGGACGAAGAGGUUAUCUGUUUCCUGCUUAUCAAUAUGUACAUGUAUAUGGCGUGGUCUCUACACUCCAUCAUAAAUUGUGAAGCUAUCUCUGAAGCUUCUUUGUCUUCCCUUAUAUCAAAGCGUGAUACCCUGUUUGAGGAGCUUACUUACUUCCUGAAUGGAAUUGAGGAAUCGAGGAAAUAUGGUAAUCAGCUAUCGCUCAGGAUCUGUGCUAUACUCGCCGAAACAUGGUGUUUGUUUAGAAAGUCAAAUUAUGACUCGAGUAAACUUGAAAGAUUAGGAUACUGUCCCGACAGUGUCUUUCUUGAGAAAUUUUGGAAACUCUGUGCAGAAAUUUUUAACACUUCAGAUGAGACUGAUGAGGAGGAGGAAAAUAAGGAAUACAUUGAAGAGACAAACAGAGAUGUUGCGGUCAUUGGUGCCUGCAAGUUGGUUACCAGUGAUGUAGUGCCAAAGGAUUAUCUAGGACCAGAGAUAAUAUCGCAUUUUGGUAUGCAUGGACCUGGCGUGACAGGCAUCAUAAAGAAUCUUAUUACAUGCUUAAGGAAAAAAGAAGAUGACAUCUCUAAUAUCUAUCUGGAAUCCCUGAAAAGGGCCUAUCACCGGUAUUCAAGUGAAGUUUCUAGUGGCUCUGAAGAAUCCAGAGUAGAGAAAUGUCUUGAAGUGUGCCGGGAGCUUGCAGGUGGGCUCUCAGGAAUGUAUAUCGGGGCUGCGCGCAACAAAUACAGAUUGGAGAUUUUGAGUGUGGUCAAGGAAGGUGUUGAGUUUGCUUUUAGGGACGCCCCAGAGCAACUGUUGUUUCUGGAAGUUGCUAUCCUUCCAUUUGCAACCAGACUCUCAGUGCCUGACAUCAUUGACAUUAAGAAGGUCGUUCAAGGGCGUAUAGUGCAUGUUAAUACAGACGAAGAUCCCAGCGGAUGGCGUCCUUGCUUCACCUUCUUGGAAACCUUGGAGGAGAAGUGCUUGAAAAACGAGGAUUUGCAAGACGACAAGGAAGCAGCAACUGUAAGACGCAGGGGACGGCCAAGAAAACGUCCGGAAACAGAGCGAAAGAGACUGUUUGAUGAGCAAAGUGGAAGCGAUGAGGAUGAGUCUAUUAGUGGUGGGUCAGACAGAGAAGAUAAGCUAGAUGAGGACGCUCCUCUAAUCGAGACGAUUAGAUCGGCUGCCAGACGGAAAGCGCUCAGGGUUGAACGGUCCAAGGGACACUGACGGGUAAAACAUUUAUCAAUCGAUAUGUUUGUGGAGAUAAUUAAUGUGUUUAAAGUUU